GUUUCCCUAAAGUGCAGGUUAACGAGUUUUCUUACUCUGCAUUCAUCAUUGCCGGGGCCACAGGAAGGUACUGUCAUUUUGCUAAACUCUCGGUUUCACAUUUCUAUUCGUGUGGAAAGACUAGAACUAAACUAUGCUCGUGUUGUGUUCGCUCACAACAUACCUUGUGUUUUGUUGAUCUCAAGCUGCUUCAAGUGUGGUGCCCCCAAUGAGCACUUCCAUUUCUUACAUUUUAAUUUGAUGGCUUCAUUCAAAAAGCUUUUAGUUAGUUCAUCUAAGAAAUUCUUACUUGAUCCUGGUGGUAUGAUCCUCGACUUGGGAGGAAGGUUGAAACCCUAUGAAGGCAAAAUGACUUCACAACUGCAAGACAAGUCCACUGGUUGUAAUCUAAACAAGUAUGAGGAAGUAGGGGAACCCUUCAGUCCGGAAAAAAAUAAGAAAACUGUGGAACGUGUUUCAUCUUUUAUGACUACAAAAAUUGUGUUUCUUUUGAUUAUCUUCGACAUAUACACCCACUCAUCAAUCAUGCAGCUUCAGCCAUUCCACAAACAACAAGGCCAUGUUUUCAUUUGGUUCUCUUUAGUCGAGAUGUUGGGUUUUAUGAUGUUCGUUUGGGGUAUUGCUGCAAUGAUCGCUGUUGGUGCACCAUUCUCUCGCGUGCAGUGUGCUAUGUUUAUGUUUUGGGCCAUUCUGAUGCUUCUCAGAUCUGCUAAAUCAAUCACUCAAGUCUACGUUCCAAUAUUCGGAAUCCUUUUCACCAUGUGCUAUAUGCUGGUGAAAAAGGAACCAUCACAUGAAGGGUAAUGACUAAUGCACAAAGAAGAAGCUUUACAGGCUUCUUAAACCACUGUGUUAUCUACAACAUUAAUAUGAAAUUAGAAUCCCUGAGUUUUCUUUUCUAGUUUGUGUUUGUAAUUUCUCCUAUGCCACACAAUACGUUCGGUGUAGUGGUAGUGCUGCUUCAACCAGUAUUGUAUUGGCCAUUGGGUAAUAUUUACUAAAUUGGCAUCCAUAAUAUUGAAUAAAAUCAUUUUUAUUUAUAA